CACACCUUGCAUCAAACACCAAAACGAAAACAAGGAGGAAAAAAUUACCUGUUCUAAAGAUGAAAAAAUCAGUGCUCUUUUUCACACUAUUUCUCAUCCUCAGUGUCAUUUACGAAACCGGGGCAAUAAAAUGCUAUCAGUGCUCAACCGAUGAUGACCCAGAAGGAGAGGAUCUGUGUGGUGCUUAUGAGCACUUUGACGAGGAAGCCCAUAUCCCUGUUGACUGCUUCCAGGAGGAAUCUGUGACCCCAGGGGCGUUCUGUGUCAAGAUCACCAAGCAGCCACCACGCAUGUUUAUCUGGGAUGGCCGCUGGCGCACUGUCAUCCGCCGCUGUUCCUCUGUUACUGAGACUGAGACUGGAAUGACAAAUGGCUGCAACAGGGGUGUGGACCAGAACGGCAUCUACUGGGAGGAGUGUUAUUGCACCUCUGACGGGUGCAAUGGCUCGCGUUGACUGUCAGCUUUUCUCUCGUUGCUGCUGCUCUGGUAGCUUCCGUUUGGAUGAGAUUAUAAGGAGAGAAGUAGUAGCAGGUUUUAAAUGGUUACUAUUGUAAAAUAGUAUUUUGUUGAAACAAGCGUUGCUUUCAAAAUUAUCUUUUACAAGCUUAUUGCUGAACAAAUCAGCAUGUAACAUUUAUAGUUAUUGUUAUCAUCAUCAUCAUUAUUAUUAUUAUUGUAGUUCUUAUGAUUUUUAUUUUUUUUACUUCUAUUUUGUAUUAUUAUUGUUAUUACUAUUAUUUUAUUAUUAUUAUUAUUUUAAGGAUCUUGGAAUACUUGCAUAUAUCUUAACCUUGUUGUUGAUGUCAAUCUGGAGUUGCCACUGUCAUUUCUAGGUAUCAUUUGAAAAUUAUUUUAUACCAAAAUGUAUUUUAUAAUGAACAGUCUAUUAAAUUAUGUAUGUUAACAUAAUGUUUCUUGUUCGCCAACUUAUAUUUUUAAAGUGAUCAGUACCAUAUUAUCUGAUAGCAAUGUGUAACUGGUAUCUGCCUAUGAGUUAAUGUGUAUAUUGUAUAGAGAAUAAUACACUAAAUUUGUGCCUUUACCUGUACAUCAAUCCAUCAAAAAUGUCGGGUGUGAAGAGAAAGAUAAACGGUGAAGCCAGUGGAAUUGCCAAGAAACGUCAGGCUAUAACUUUAUGGAUCUUAUCAAUCGGUUCACCAGCCAGUCGCCACUACAAUAUAUUUUCUUUUUGAAUAAAAUAUGUUUCUACAUAUAAAGUUGUAUAAAUGACCAUCGAAUAAUAUUAACCUUUUCACGACGGGUGACGCCACUAGGCGUAAAAAGAAACCACACGAAAAGUGCCGCGCGGCUGUAUUCGCGGCGGCGCGCCAAAGGCGGCGAGCCAGUGAUUCGACCUGAUGUACUGAACUCACACCCUCAAAGUCGGCGCACUGCCAUUGUUUGCCAGAGCGUAGAGUUUUUUUUAUUUGCCAUUCACAACUACAAUAUAUUUUCUUUUUGAAUAAAUUAU